AUGUCCUCUCAAACAUCACAAUCAUCAACAUUUCCCGAUCUACACAAAGGAAAUGAUUUCCAGCGAUACGAAUGUAAUACCAAUGUGAACAUGAGAAGAUAUGUUCCAUCUCGAUUACCAGCAUUGUCCUUACCUUGCCAUAAUUUACAUUCGUUAUUUUGCGAUGAAAUUCAAUCGUCUACCCGCAUAUUACCAAAAGUAUUCUAUCCUUAUCCUCGAUCUUCGGCGCAUACAAUCGUAUCCGAUCCACAAAAUUCUGAACAAAACACGAAUUGCAAGUCAACAAAUAAUCGCGUGCGUAAGUCUCUCAUUCGAUCUGUAUAUCAUUGUCCAACGGUAUUUCGUCGGAACACCGAUGAUGAACAAAUGGCAUUGUUUGGCAAUUCGGUUAAUAUUAUUCGCAUAUCUGUACUUCCAAGUGCAGACUCGAUCUAUCCGUCUGCUUUAUGGAAGAAUCCAAAUCCCGCUCAGCAUACAUGUAAAUCUUUUAGGAGAAAUUACCAACAGCUGUCCGUAUCAGCGAAUGAGCAUGUCGACGAUGUUCCAUUGUUAUUCAACGAUACAUCACAAUCAUCCAUAACAAUCGAUCAUGAUAAUGAUUCAACGAUAGAACAGUUGUCAUCUAUAUCAAAACCUCUGACUCGUAAACAGUUGCACGUUUAUCUUCCACCAAUAAGUUACUAA